CUCGCGCGGAGCCUGAGGCGGCGGGAGCGCCCCCGGGACCGGCCGGCCGGCAUGGCCCUCCGCCUGCUGGGCUUGGCCGCCCUCGUGGCCGGGCUGGGCGGCUGCCGAGGUGCAGAGUCCAUUCACACAAAAGAACCGGACUACGACAUUGUUCACCCCCUCAAGGUGAACGAGAGGGGCUCCUUUCUCUCCUACAACUUAUCUCACCGUUUGCUCUCCAAAAGGGCCAUUUCUUCUCAGAACCUCCUACAGUCAUUCUACAAACUGUACCACAGGGGACAAGAGCUAAGAUUCAACCUGAGUCUUAACAGCCACCUUCUGGCUCCUGGAUUUGUGACUGAGAGGCGAUAUGGAAGUAUAGCUCAUGCCAAGAUCCAGGGUUACAACCAGAACUCCUGUCACAUGGUUGGGUCUGUUCAGAAUGAGGGACAGGAGAGUGGACUGGCUGCUCUCAGCACAUGUGAUGGGCUGAAAGGCAUCUUCCGGCUGGCUAACAAAGACUUCUUUAUUGAACCGCUAUCUGCAAGCAAACCCAGGGAGAAUACAGCCCAGCCGCACAAGAUAUAUAGACGCAACGUUCCAGAGUAUGAGUCAGAAGAGCUGAUCGCUGUGGCAAACGCCAAGCCUGGAAUUGUCAGGAUGUGUGGAGUGCAAGAAAGCCUCAAGAAGUCUGAGAAACGGAGAGAGAGGUGGGAGCAGAAGCAGCAGAGGAAGCACCAGAUUAAGCAGCGCUCUGUCAGCAAGGAGAAGUGGGUGGAGACCUUAGUGGUUGCUGACACCAAGAUGGUGGAGUAUCACGGCAGCGAGAAUGUUGAGAAAUACGUCCUGACUGUCAUGAAUAUGGUAGCUGGUUUAUUCCAUGACGCCAGCAUUGGGAACCCAAUCCACAUUUCCAUCGUGCGUCUUAUCUUUCUAGAAGAGGAGGAGGAGGACCUGAAAAUCACCCACCAUGCAGACAACACUCUGCGAAGUUUUUGCAAGUGGCAGAAAGCCAUCAAUGUGAAAGGGGACACUCACCCGCUGCACCAUGACAUAGCUGUCCUCCUAACAAGGAAAGACAUUUGUGCUGCCAUGAACCAUCCAUGCGAGACACUGGGCUUGUCUUAUGUCUCGGGCAUGUGCCAGCCGCACCGGAGCUGUAACAUCAAUGAAGACUCGGGGCUUCCCCUGGCAUUCACUGUGGCCCACGAACUCGGACACAGUUUGGGGAUUCAGCAUGACGGAAGCGGCAAUGACUGUGAGCCAGUUGGGAAAAGACCUUUCAUCAUGUCUCCACAGCUCCUGUACGACACUUCACCGCUCACCUGGUCCCGUUGCAGCAGGGAAUAUGUCACCCGUUUCCUGGAUCGCGGUUGGGGGCUCUGCCUGGAUGACCCACCAGCCAAAGAUGUGAUAGACUACCCCUCCGUCCCACCAGGGGUCCUCUAUGAUGUCAGCCACCAGUGCCGUCUUCAAUAUGGACCCUAUUCCACCUUCUGUGAUGACAUGGAUAGUGUUUGCAGCACGCUGUGGUGCUCAGUGGGGAAUACGUGUCACUCCAAGCUGGAUGCGGCCGUCGAUGGAACCAAGUGCGAGGAGAAGAAGUGGUGUUUCAAUGGGGAGUGUGUGCACAUGGGCUACCGCCCAGAGUCCAUCGAUGGAGGCUGGAGUGCCUGGAGUUCCUGGGCAGCCUGCUCUCGAACCUGCGGUGCUGGAGUGCAGAAUGCCGAGCGGCAGUGCAACAGGCCCACGCCAAAAUAUGGUGGUAAAUAUUGCGUUGGGGAACGAAAGCGCUUCAGGGUUUGCAGCCUGAAGGCCUGCCCUGUGGACCAGCCAUCUUUCCGUCACAUCCAGUGCAGCCAAUUUGAUGCCAGGCCCUACAAAGGGAAGCUCUAUAAGUGGACCCCUCUGCCUCAUAACAUUAAUCCAUGUGAGCUGCACUGCCGCCCAGAGAAUGAGUACUUUGCAGAAAAGCUCCGUGACGCAGUUAUUGAUGGGACUCCUUGUUAUGAAGGGAAUUCCAGCCGAGACAUGUGUAUUAACGGGAUCUGUAAGAAUAUCGGCUGCGACUUUGAAAUUGACUCCUAUGCGGUAGAGGACCGGUGUGGCGUGUGCCAAGGGGACGGGUCCACUUGUCAAACGGUCAAGAAGACGUUUGAGAAGAGCGAGGGUCUGGGUUAUGUGGAUGUUGGGCUGAUCCCAGCUGGCGCACGUGAGAUUCAGAUCGAGGAAGUAGCCGAAGCGGAGAACUUUUUGGCUUUGAGAAGUGAAGACCCAGAGAAAUAUUUCCUGAACGGGGACUGGACUAUCCAGUGGAAUGGCGAUUACAAGGUGGCUGGGACAACCUUCACCUACGAGCGCACGGGAAACUGGGAGAACCUCACAUCUCCAGGCCCCACAGGGGAGCCUGUGUGGAUUCAGCUUUUGUUCCAGGAAAAGAAUCCAGGAGUCCGCUAUCAGUACACGAUCCAAAGGGAAUCUGAGAGUGAGAAUGAGAUCACCCCAGCUGAGUUCUUCUGGCAAUAUGGAUCCUGGACAAAAUGCACAGCCACCUGCGGGACAGGUGUUCAAAGGCAGAUGGUGCACUGUGUGGAGAAGGUGGCUGGCAUUGUGGAAGAGCAGUUCUGCGAUGUGCUGAGCCGGCCUGAUGACAAGCGGAGGAGCUGCAGCGAGGAGCUGUGCCCGGCUAGGUGGUGGGUUGGAGAAUGGCAGGCCUGUUCUGCCACGUGUGGUGAUGCUGGUCUGAUGAAGAGGAGCGUCCUUUGUCUUCAGAGUGUGGCACCAGAUGAACAGCGGGCUCUGCAGCCCAGCAAAUGCCAGCAUCUCUCCAAGCCAGAUGCCACCGCCCCCUGCAACCGGGAGGUCCUCUGUCCUGCUUGGUGGAUCGUGGGCAACUGGUCUGAGUGCUCCGUGACGUGUGGGAAUGGGACACAAUGGCGCCUAGUUUACUGCUCCGGUGAUUCCCGAGCAAGCUGUGAUACCGCACAAAGGCCGAUGUCUCGAACUGCCUGUUCAUUGCCACCCUGCCAGAAGAAGGCAGAAAGUGCCAUCCCGGACUGGUCUGGCAGUGGCUCUUCAAGCCGAGAACUGUUUAAUGAAAUCCAUUUCAUUCCAAACCGCCACAUUCCUAAAUAUAUCCCUUUGGUGCCCAAAGCUGAAGACCUCAAUGUCAUAACGGAAGAGGAUUUUUCUUUGAACAGCAACAAAAAGGGAAAUGUGUUUGUAGAUGAUUUUUACUAUGAUUAUAAUUUUAUCAACUUCCAUGAAGAUCUCUCUUAUGACACGGUCGGUGAAAAGGACAGCAAGAAAGAGGGCCCGAAGCCAGACAUUGGAACUAAAACGGUUGACGAUGGGAAGGAUUUUAAAGAAAAACGGCCCAGCUUUCUUCCUACUCUAAAACCAGAGAGUGGAAGUACAACACUUCCUGCUAUCGGGCAACAUAAUGAAGAAGAACUUGACAAGGGUCAAGACAGGAACUCUUUUAUCAGUUUCCAUGAUACGACUGUCGCCAGCUCUACAACCUCCUCCUUCACACUCAAAAGUGAAGGCGUCCAAGUAUCUCUUCUCUCCACCUCAGCAACAAGAAGGCCUUUUCCUUUUCCCAGCAGUGGACCAUUGCCUCCGAAUUACGAUGAAGAAGAUCCUUCUACACAUGCAGUUUUUAAAGAUGACAUGGCAGCCACCGUUUCCUCUACAAGCUUUCCUUACUUGGACCUUCUGACUUCGAUAUUCCCUUUUGCCAAGAGCAGCAAUGUUAGUGGAAAUGCUGCUGGCACUCCUGAAAGUACACACAGUCCUGGCAGAAGCUCAAAGGUUUUUGAUCAAGGUGGUAGUCCCCACCACAGCUUGGUGGAUGUUGGACAGGAAGGCCAUGGAGAACCAAGCAGUACGGGCAGGGCCAUCGUUAGUGGUAAUGAAAACACAAGCCUGGCUUAUGGAACUAAAGCUAUCCCAAUCAGUACAGUCACAACAGGAGCUACAAGAACGGACGGGCCAUCCCAUCUCUUUCCUCACCAGCCCACAAGGUCUGCUGAAGCCACCCCAAGCCCUUCCGUUACUCAGGGACUGGGAAAGAACGGCAAGGACCCCGGUUAUAGAAUGAAUUCAGAGAAUGACCAGAGCGGCACAGAGGGUACAAAGAUCUACCGGCACUAUCCCAGGGGUGUUCUAAAGCCCGGAGAUAAAAGUCUAGCCGCAACCACCUCUGUGUACCAGGAGACUACUGUUGGACUUGAAAGCAAGGGGCUUGGAUCUUACACUCCAAGCUCGUUAGAUCUUCAGUUAUCAACUGAGCCAAAUGUUCUGGAGCAGAGCACCGAUGCUCCUAACUCUUUCCGUUCUGUGCUACCCAUGCCAAAACGGGAGGAAUCCAAUGAAAUCGAGACGGACUUGGACACCAACUAUGUAUCUUCCCACGAGGACCAAGGACUCGUCGGAAACAGCAGCGUGGUGCCAGGCGAAAGCUCACCCAAUAGAGUUCACGGGGUGUUUGCUAACAGCAACGGCACUCUUGGGUCCAGCCUCAAUACUGCACAGCGGCAGAAAGUGGAAGGAGAUGAGGAGCCCUCCUUAGCGCCUUCUGGUACCAUCACAUCCAUUUUCAGUGCCAGCUGGGAAGCUGGAAACUGGAGUGAGUGCUCCACCACCUGUGGGCUCGGUGCCAUUUGGAGGACAGUACGGUGCAGCACAGGCAAGGAAGAAGAUUGCAGCCCCACCCGAAAGCCAAUUCCUGCCCGCAGGUGUUACCUAAGACCAUGUUCUUCCUGGCAUGUUGGAAACUGGAGUAAGUGCUCCAGGACCUGUGGAAAUGGAGUGAAGGUCCGGGACGUCAGCUGCGUUGACACACGAGACCAACGACCCCUCCGUCCCUUUCACUGUCAGGCUGUCCUCUAUAAACCACCGACCCGGAUGCCCUGCCAAACCAAGGUGUGCCUGGACUGGUACACGUCAUCCUGGAGGGAGUGUUCUGAGCUGUGUGGAGGAGGGGAGCAAGAGCGUCUGGUGACCUGCCCAGAGCCCGGGAGGUGCGACGAAGCCCUUCGACCCAAUAAUACAAGACUUUGCAACACCCACCCAUGCACCAAGUGGACGGUGGGAUCCUGGGGGCAGUGCACGGCCACCUGUGGUGGGGGCAUCCAGCGGAGGCAGGUGAAGUGCAUGAAUGUGAAGACGGGCGAGGCAGAAGAGGACAGCAGCCUGUGUGACCAUGAGCAGUGGCCAGACAAGACCCAGAAGUGCAGCCUCCAAAGCUGCCAGCACAGUGAGUCAGGCUUCGUCUGUGAGCGGGACCGUCUCUCGUUCAGCUUCUGCCAGACUCUGCUCUUCCUCGGAAGGUGUCAUCUGCCAACCGUCAGCACGCAGUGCUGCCAGACCUGUCAUCAAUAUGGCCACGGCCCCCGGGAUCGUGGGAACGAACGUGCCUCCCGGAGGUGAAGGCUUUCCUCCCAACAGCUCAGCAGGGAAGACCGGGAGGGUGUCGAGGAGGCUGUUUACGUUCAGCACAGCAGGCCUUUCCCAGCCAGUCUGGGCUGACGAGCGUGUCUGCUUGCCGCAGUUCCCUCCAGUCAAGUUCUUCGUUACCAGGUGGUCUUAUUAAGUUCACCAGGUGGCCUGCAAGGGUGCCAGGGGGAGGCUGCCUCCCUCCCGAACUGCGAUGGAGGAACCUGCUAGGCCACUCUGUUAAACGUCCGACCAAGCAGCAUUUAAAGGAAGGAGAAGCGGAAACGUCUCUGGUGCUAUCCUUUUUGACAUACUCAGGUUCGUGUGGUGUUGGCAGGCCAACACGAAACACUUGACUGAGAGACUUUUUAAAAAAAACAACAGUUAUUUUUUAUAUUUUCUAUACAGCAGCAUCUAGCAUUCUAAACUGUGUAGUUGUGUUGUUAUUCAUUGUCCCCAUUAUUGAGUUGAGAGGCCUGAAGCGGGCAAUUUACUCAAGGACGUUUACAGGCUGAAGAGGAAAGGCCUCCCUGAUGCCAGAGUGUGAACAACGUCCCUGUUAUCACUAACUGGGGCGACCUCGAGCCACAAUUCCUGGAGUGGGAGGUUUGGAAUAAUGGUUCUUGUCUGACUUCUCUCCCCGGUUUGGGAAUUCCAUGUCUGUUACCAUUCGUUGUUACUUUUCAGUACAGUGGGAAAUGACAUGGACGCCCACUUCUGCUUUUUCCCCCGUCGCAGGGACUGUGUUUUUCUCAGCCUUCAGUUUGCCCUAUACAGUUUCCACAGCAGUUCAUGACAGAUGCAAAAUAAAACUGUUUCCAAGAAGAAGCUAUGGAAGGAUCUCUUUGUCAAUUCUAUUUUUUUUUUGUAAAGGCCACAGCUUUUAAGUGCAUUAAGUUAUCCUCGAAAGAAGGAGGAGCGGUGCCUUUCCCUUUCUUUUUUAAACUCACUUUUUGUAAGGCCUGGGUUCUACUCAGUUUAGCAUAGAUCCAGUCCAAGGAAGAUGCCACUGGGAUUACUGAAUCACUCGCUUCUCCGUUUUUCCCCUGCUGUGCUUCAUGCAAAGCUCUUGGCGAGAGGGACCCUGUGGCCUGCUUGCCACCUUCUACUCUGGCAUUGCUGUUCCUGUCUUACCUUGGUUUAGGACUUUGAUUAAGUCUUAAUCUACUGUUCAGAUAAGUGUUCACUCUCUAGAAAAUCCUGAUCAGAUUUUAAUGCAGGCAACCUCACCUCAUUGUUAGUACUACAUGCAGCAAGGGUGUGCUAGUGGCUGCUCCCGAUGGCUACCCUAUAACAGUGGAGUUGCUUUUACCUGUCUAGGUACAAAGCAUUCUGUGACUCUUCUGGGAUGGCCCUAGUGUGUGUCCUCCUAGAAGAGGCUGGCAUCGAGUCGGAAGGGAGCUUGAACGUCAGGAAGACGGCACUACAGCAUACCUGACAGAUGGCCACCCAGCCUCUGCUCAAAGACCUCCAGUGAAGGAGAUCCCACCAGCCUCCCAAAGCAGUCUGUUCUACUGUUCAACAUCCCUUACCAUUAGGAAAUUUCUCCUAAUAUUUAGCUGCAACCUACCUCUCUUUCAUUUCCUCCAUUCUAGUCCCGCCCUCUGAGGCAAAAGAGAAUAAACUGCUCCAUCUCAUCUCUCCCCUUACUCUUCUCUAAGCUAAAUAUGUCCAGCUCUUUCAACCUUUCCUCAUAGUGCUUUGUUUCCAAACCCUUAAUCUUCCUAGUUACCCUUCUCUGGAUGCACUAUAAAUUACUGAUUUCCUUCUUCAAAUACGGUGCCCAGAACUGCGCCCAGCAUUCCAAAGGAGGUCCGACCAGUACAGAACUGUUACUUCCCGUGAUCUGUAUCCCAUGCUGCUGCGGCUGUUAAUACAGCCCUAUUUGUCCACAGAAUUCCCAACAUAGUACUUUAUCAAAGGAGGAGAUAAGGUUGCUCUGGCCUGACUAAUUCUUGACAAAUCCAUGUUGGCUCCCAAGAGUCACAGCAUUAUUUUCUAGACCAGCAGCUUAUUAAUGUGUUCUGGAUCGCCAGUAAUCUGAUUGGUCUGUUGAUUCCAGGUCAGUUGAUGAUUGGCCCACCUCCAAUUUUCUGCCACCUCACAUGUUCUCUUAAAAAAUUCAGAUUAGAACCAGAGGUUCCAAAUCCAAAAUAACACCAGAAUGCUACUGGGAUAUACCUUAUCUGGCCUGGAGACUUGAACUUGCAUGUUUCUAACUCAGCUAUGCUCACUGUCAUUUGUCUUGUGCCUUCUUUAUUUCACUGUGCAGAGUCUCCCAUUCAUCUUGAGCUCCCACUUUUUGAAACUGAUUUUCUAAUGUCUAGGGUACAUUUCUGACGUGUGUUCAGUUUUUAUAUCCUGUGCUGCCACAAAUUCCCAGACGAUACGGUCACUUCCUCACAAGGCUUCUGCCAUUUUAACUUCAUCAGUCAGCUCCGACCUGUUCGUCCAGAUUAAGUCCAAAGAGACCAAAUAGAUCCCCUUGAACAAGGGCUUUUUUUCUGGGAAAAGAGGUGGUGGAACUCAGUGGUGGAACUCAAGACUGCACAAUGACGUCACUUUGGGUCAGCUGGAACAAGGGCGGAGUUUUUUAAAGUUUAAAUCGCCCUCGGCAAAAAUGGUCACAUGGCCGGUGGCCCCGCCCCCGAUCUCCAAACAGAGGGGCGUUUAGAUUGACAAUAGAUACAAUAGAUACAGUAGAUACCAAGAUUACUGAAGCCCCAUUACUUCUAAGUCUUGCAUUUGAGAGGUCUCUGUCUUGUCAUGGGAAAACGUCUUCCAGCUGAUUGUGCAUUCUGCAGUGUACUGCUCCAAUGCUAUCACUUUUGUUUCUCCCACCUUUUGUGCUUACAACAUUCAGUAAUCUUGACAUAUACUACUACUCUCCUGCCCCUUUCUGUUGGGUCUGUUUCUUUUGAAGAAAGCAUACCUUUCAAUUCCUAUAUCUCAAUCACGAAUCACAUCCCAGCAAAUCUCACCACUACUUUUCCUUCAGGUAUUUGAGUUUCCGGUUCAUCCUCUUUGUUUCCCAUAUUUAAUGCAUUAGGAUAAAGAGAUCAGAAACUGCAAGCAUUGCAUGCUACUUGCUUCCCUAUGUCCCUGCAAAUAACCUAGUAUCUCCCUCACUGUCUUGCUCUGUCUUUGGUCAUAUACGUUCUUUAUCCUUAUACUUAGCCAGGGCUUUUUUUCUGGGAAAAGAGAUGGUGGAACUCUCAAGUGGCAAGCCGCUUUGGGAUUUGGAUACUUAAAUGCUUCAGUAUGCUCCUUAGAGAUUUGGGAAUCUUUAUGGAGCACAUCGAAGCACAAAGCAGCACUUUUCUUGCCAUCCUGUCAGCUGAAAAAAGCUGCCAGCUUUGAAAGCAGCAACACUUUGCUUGUGGCAAGAAGUGUUGCUGCUUUCAAAUGCCCCACUGCUUUUUUCAGCUGAGGGGAGGGGGGGUCUCUCCUCCCUCUCCCUCAGCUGAAAAAGCUGACAGCAUUUUAAAACUGCCUUUUUUCAGCUGAUGGGAGCAGAAUCCCCCUCCUGUCAGCUGAAAAAAGCUGCCGGCUUUGAAAGCAUCUGCACGGGGAGGAAACAGGAUCAGGGGGGCGAGGCCACCAGACAGGUGAUUACUUUCAAGAGGUGCCAGAACUCCGUUCCACUGCGUUUCCCCUGGAAAAAAGCCCUGUACUUGGCUAACUGCUUUGCUCUGGUCUUUUUUCUCUCUCCCGCACAGGACUUAAUUUAAAACUCCAUUGAUUAGGUUUGCAAGGCUCUUAGCAAACACGCUCUUCCCAGCCCUCAUGAGGUGCAGGCCAUCUUUUGCCAGAAGUCACUCAUCCUGAUAGCAUAGUCCAAGAAACCAAACUCUAUCUGCAUGCCAAAGUCCAGUGAUGCAGCUUUUAAGGUCAAGCCAUAUAUGAUCUGAAAAGGGGAACACCUGGAAGAGGCUCACAGUCCUUUGCAGUCGGGACCACAGCCUGGUCGGUAAGCUUUCCAGAGCAAAGUUUCUCUUGGUGUGAACCCCAAGUAGCCCAAUAAAAUCUGGAGGGGUAGCUUUAACUGCUGAUUGGGUAUGCAAUGGCAGCUAGCUGAACAGUAGAAUUUAAACUCUUAGGGGGAAUCUCUUGCUAAAGUAACACAUUUAAUUUCUUGGGGGGGGUAAAAUUUUCUUUAUUUAAACUAUAAACCAUAACAUAACUAUAAACAACAAUACACACACACACACACUUGUUUAUGUAUUGUUGGUGUGUCUUCUGUUUAGAAUGUUGUGUUUUUUCUUAUUCUCUAUGUUUAUUGUUUAUAGUUAUUAUGUUAUGGUUUAUUAUGUUACGGUAUAAUUUUUUUUUAAACCCUAAAUUACACAACAGGUUGAGUUCCAAUUUUCUCUGCAACAAAUAUGUAUCAUUUCUAGAGUCUCACUUAUUCUAGGUUAAUCAUAAAAGCCCUCUUUUUUCUAUUGUUCAUGUUUCUUAAUCCAUAAAUCCAGAUAUCAUCAAAUCCUUGUUAUCCAUUUCAUGUAAAAAGCCUAUAAACGGUUUCAAUUCAGUCAAGAAGUUAACUAAUGUCCUUUCUCUAAUUAAUGAAGUAAGUUUUGCCAUUGAUGCAAACUCCAAAAAUUUUAUCCACCGUUCCUCCACUGUAGGCAAUGUUGGAGUUUUCCACUUUUGUGCAUAAAGUACUCUUGCUGCCGUAAUAAAGUAAAGAAACAAAA